AUGGGUACCGUUUCAUCAUGUUUUCACUCUAAAUCAGACUCUGAAGUUAUUCCGAGUCGACAGGUGAAAACAAAAUACGGUCUUGUUGAGGGUCGACGUCUCGUUAAUGAAGGAUCUCUUCAAGUCGAUGCUUUUCUGGGAAUUCCUUUCGCUAAACCUCCUACUGGUUCACUUCGAUUUAAGAAGCCAGAACCACCAGAUCGUUGGCCAGGUGUUUUCAAAGCGUACAAGUUUGGUGCAAGGGCACCUCAAAUUGAUUUUAUUUGGGAGAGAUGGACGCUUGGGGUGGGCAAAGAUGAAGACUGCUUGACGCUGAACGUUUUUUCGCCGUCAUGGAAACCAGGCAAUGAUCAGCCAGAUGGUUUUGCCGUCAUGGUAUUCGUUCACGGUGGCGGUUUUCUUAUCGAUUCGGCAGUUAACUACGGAGAUAUUGGCAUUUGUCGGAAUUUGUGCCCUCAUGGAGUGGUGGUUGUGACAAUACAAUACCGAUUAGGUUAUCUGGGAUUUUUGACGACUGACGAUGACAUUUGUAAGGGUAAUCUUGGAUUAUGGGAUCAAACAAUGGCGUUACAAUGGGUUCAGGAUAACAUCGCAGCAUUCAACGGCAAUCCUAAGCGAGUCACAGUUUUCGGCCAAAGCGCUGGCGGUGCGAGUGUGGACCUGCUGUCGUUGUCACCGCACUCAUCACAUCUUUUUCAACAAGUGAUACCCAUGGCUGGGAAUGCAGAAUGCAUUUGGUCUAUUAGCGAGAAGGCUCGAGUAGCAAACACCUGUAAAAGUUUUGCAAAGAAACUUGGAUGGAAAAGCAAACGUAAAGAUCAGAAGAAACAAGUCGAGUUGACGGAAUAUUUGCGAGCAAAACCGGCCAAGCUGUUUGCACGUGGUUUAGUGGGCAGAGGCGGAGUGAACAUGCAACAGAUCGGUCUUGACAUAGCACCUGUUAUUGAUGGUGAUUUCUUGCCGAGACCGAUCGAUGAACUAAGAAACGAGGCACCAUUAAAAAAGUGCAUGAUUGGGACAUGCAAAUACGAGGGACUAAUUUUCGCUUCACUCAGCUCGAGUCAAUUCAACCUCCGCGGUAUUGAAAAGUUAUUAUCGUUAACGAUCCCAGAAGAUAAAUUUUCCAACUGGAGAGAACUGAGGAAUGAAGCAAUUCAGUUGUAUUUGGGUAAAAAGGGAACGUCUUCAAACGAUAAACAUCUCAUGUCAAAGGCGUUCGUAAACCUAUUCAGCGACCUGUUCGUCAAUAACGGUACUUAUGAGUAUGCAAAACAAAUGACUGAACGAGGACAUGAAGUAUUUUUGUAUUCAUUUGAAUACUUCAACCCGAAAAGCUUUGGAAUUCUUUCGUUACGAUUUCCCUUCAAAGGUGCAACUCACUGUACAGAACUGACGUAUUUGUUUGGAAAAAGUAUAAUAUUCCCAUUCAAACUUAAUGAAAAUGAUCGAAGUAUAACUGACCUAAUGACUAAACUUUGGACUAAUUUCGCUAAAUACGGGAAUCCAAAUGGUUCGGAGAAGUGCGACAAUUUUACCGACUUCAGUUGGGAACCAGUGAAUAGGGAAUGUGCUGAUCGAUAUUUGAAAAUUGAUCUUAAAACUGAAAUGAUGAAUGGUUAUUGCGAAAGGCGAGCUGAAUUUUGGAAACGUGUCACUGAGCAAACCAACUCAUAA